GGUGAAAGUAGAGUGUCCAAGAUUUGGUUACGAGAAGGUAAGGCACGAGAGUAUCCCCUCAAAAUCCAUGGCGACUUCUCUCAUCUCAUCCCUGUCGACUCCGUCCUCUUCAGCUCGCUAUCUGGCUCCAAUAAACUCUUCCUUCCUUCAUGGCACCAACCUCUCUUACGCUCCGUCUUCUUUCAGAGCUUUAUCAGAGAAGGCUACCACAGCUCGAAGGUGCUUUAUCUCUGCCUCGGCCAAAUCUUUUGACCAUAUUCCAAAGCAGUUCAAGCAAGAAAAUCUUAAAGAUGGGUUGAUGGAUAAUUUUAAGAAUGCACCCCAGUAUCUGUAUGGCCUUUCUCCUUCUCAAAUGGACAUGUUCAUGACAGAAGAUAACCCUGUCCGACGUCAGUCAGAAGCAGUUACAGAGGAUAGCAUCUCAUCUUCCCACAACUAUUUGAAUCAUGGAGGUAUGUGGAGUCUUUCAGGCAUGCACGACAAAGGUCCAUCAAAAUAUAGUAUGAGUGUAAGCAUGUACCGUGGCGGAGGAGCAAGAGGAUAUGGAAGACCCCGUACUGCUCCUCCCGAUUUGCCUUCCUUGUUGUUAGAUGCUCGGAUAUGCUAUUUGGGCAUGCCUAUUGUUCCGGCAGUAACUGAACUUCUUGUUGCUCAAUUUAUGUGGUUGGAUUAUGAUAACCCUGCUAAGCCUAUCUAUUUAUACAUAAAUUCACCUGGGACACAGAAUGAGAAGAUGGAGACUGUUGGAUCUGAAACUGAGGCAUAUGCUAUAGCUGAUAUGAUGUCUUAUGUCAAGUCAGAAGUCUACACGGUGAACUGUGGAAUGGCGUAUGGUCAAGCAGCAAUGCUUCUAUCACUUGGGGCAAAGGGAUAUCGUGCUGUGCAACCUAAUUGCUCCACAAAGUUGUAUCUGCCAAAGGUCAACAGAUCAAGUGGGGCUGUCAUAGAUAUGUGGAUUAAGGCAAAAGAACUGGAUGCAAAUACUGAGUAUUACAUAGAGCUGCUAGCAAAAGGCACUGGUAAAACCAAGGAAGAAAUUGCUAAAGACGUCCAGCGACCCAAAUAUCUACAAUCACAAGAAGCCAUAGAAUAUGGUGUUGCAGACAAAAUAAUCAAUUCACGUGACAUUGCAUUUGAGAAACGGAACUAUGAUGAGAUGCUUGCUCAAUCAAGAGCUACGAGGAGAGCAGGGGGAGGCAGUCCCCAAGCAGCUCCUUCUGGACUUAGGUAGUGACCAAACACAGCAGAGCAAACCAACCAAGAUAUACCAAGCAAAAGAUGCUUGGCCUCGUGUUCUUUUUCUUCCAUAUCUAGUGCCGCGGAGGAACUAGUUAAGUUUGGGGCGUUAUUGAACUUCCUAGCUAUAAGGGCAGACUGUAAUGAUGCCCCAUUUCAUGACCACCAUUAGUCCUUUUAAGCAUUUACAUUAGUGCUGUUAGAUGUGGGUACUUUUUGGCAAGGCUAAUGUUUAAUAUCUUAUCCACAAAGAGACGUGGAGGCUUGUUCCUUCUGCUUGUGAAUAUGCCUAAAAUGAUAGUUAUACUUACCUGAAUUUCGUGACAA